GAAUGGGACACGAUUCAACUCGACGUCGAGCAGAUCGACCAGUUCUUGCAAGUCAACCUCGGCGAGAUGUGGCCACUGCAGACUGAGCGCGGCGAGAUCGGAUUCGCACUCCCGCUUUCGUCGUGGGCUUACCUGUACAAGCUCCGGCAGAUAGAGUGGAUUGUGCAGCUCGGGUUUGAGCUCUCAGUGUACCAGCCCGACGAAUUGGCGGGCAUGUACUGGUACCUGAACUACCUAGCCAAGACUCGCGCACAACACGGCGACCGCAUCAAAUCGUUCACGCAGAGGGCGCGUGAAUCCCAGCACAAGACGGAUACUCCGGGGCGCGAGCAUGAGCAUUCCCGGUCACAGGCCUACAUCCGCAUCACCAUGCUCGACGCGGCCUGCACUUGGGAGUUCGCCGACGGCCUGUGCUGCCUGUACACGGUGCUCCAGCGGCUGGGGCUCGUCAAGUCGCCACCGCGUCCCUAUAGCACCGACGCGCUGCGGUACGAUAUGCGCAUGAAGCCGUUUGCGUACAUCGCGCUGCCGCCGCUGCCGACGUUCGACGAGCUCACGCGCGCCACGGCCCAGCCCGAGACGUCCAUCGCCGACCUCAUGCGCUACGCUGAGAACGCCGUCGGCGGCGCGCGCAAGGGCUACGAGGCGCUGAGCAAGUUCAGCGACGCGCAGGCGUUUGCCGUCGGCUCGCACGCCGUGUGGGUAGCUAAUGUGAAGGGCUGUCUCAAGGCUGCGAUCGCGGCCGACGUGGCCAUCUCGACGGUGCAGAAGGCGUGGGCGCAGAUGGAGGCUGAGGAAACACCGGGCGGUGAGGGGGACGGUGAUCCUGAGGAGAAGGGGAAGGGGAAGGGUAAGGAGAAGGAGGUGGUUGGGGGUGGUAGUGAGGGUGGUAGUAAGGGUAAGGCCAAGGAAAACGCUGGGGCCGGGGGUAUGGAUCAGGGCAAUAUCAAGUUGAAGCUUGAGAUGCCGGAGCCGGGUAAGGGGUAUCACGACUGGUGGGUUGUGCCGAAGCUCAUUGCUAUUGCGUGA